GAAGACAUGUGGGAUGGUUGCGCUUCUCUAGUUACCUGUUUGCGCAUCCUUAAAGAAGAACCUUUGACACAUUUCAGGGGAUUUUUUUUUCACAUUUAUUUUCCGACCAUGUUUACUACCCCGGAACCAGCGUGCGAUGUUAUCCGUGCAAGAUGUUCACUGCUUUGAGUAAUCGAAUAUAAAUGUGCUCUCUGUAGCAACUUGUAGAGGAUAUGUGGAUAGUUCACACUUCAGAAAGGACAUUGGAUACCAGCAAUCUGAAGAAUCCAUGAAAUGUUAUAUGGGAGACAUCUGCUGAUUACAAACUUUCUACAGUCAUCGACUAAGAUUCGGUGAACAUGAGGUUGCGAAGAUGAACAUGUCGGAAGAACAAAUCAACUGCACUAUAAGCCACGAGAUUCACCAGUACCUGUUCUCAGGUGCAUACAUCUUAGUCCUGCUAGUGGGUCUUCCAGCCAAUGCUUACUCGCUCUACCACGCCUGGCUGCAGCUGAAAGCCCACAAUGAGUUGGGGGUCUACUUACUCAACCUGACCAUAUCAGAUCUGCUUUACUUGGCCUCCCUGCCCCUCUGGCUGCAGUAUAUUUUCCAGGGGGACGAUUGGAGUGGCUCCGAGUGGCUCUGUCAAAUAUGUGGCUUCCUGCUAUACGAGAACAUUUACAUAAGCAUCGGUUUCCUGUGUUGUAUCUCUAUAGACCGUUACCUGGCUGUGGUCUACCCCUUCCGUUUUACCACUUUCCGAACGGUGCGAGCUGCAGCGCUGAUCAGCACAGUGGUCUGGCUAAAGGAACUUGCUGUAGGCGUCGUGUUUUUCCGCCAUAAGGAGCUUAGCAAGGACAAGCUUAACCAAUCGGUGUGCUUUGAGCAUUAUCCCAUGAAGACUUGGGAGUAUUCCAUAAAUUACUACCGUUUUUACAUAGGCUUCCUGUUUCCUUUGGGAAUCCUAUCAUUGUCGUACCUCCGAGUCCUCCGAGCGGUGGGCAAGAGUACAGGUACGCAGACUUCCCAGAAAACACGCAUAAAGUACCUGGUGACCAGCACCAUUGUUAUCUUUCUAGUGUGUUUCUCACCAUACCACAUCUUCCUGCUGGUGCGCACUGUGCUAGAAAGGGACUGCGCCUUCAUCGAGAAAAUUUUCAACUACUAUCAUUUCUCCCUGUUGCUAACUAGCUUUAACUGUGUGGCGGAUCCCGCGCUGUACUGUUUCAUCAGCGAGAGCGCCCAAAAGGGCAUCCAGAAGGCUCAAGAGGCAUGUACUCGCAUUUUCUGCUGUUGCUCCAAAAGCCAUGGAAGGUUCAGCACGCACUCUAUUGAGCUGGUAGUAACCAAUGAUAAUGUUACAGGCAACUCAGUGGUAACACUGCUGCAGCAGACCAAAACUGAAGUUUGAAUGGCUUUUGUUUGUUGUAUUAAUAAUAGCCUGUAAAAUGGAAGCCAUACAAUUGACCCUUCACUAAGCCCAACUUAAAAAACGUUACUGACCAAUCAUAUCUUAGCAACUGUUGCUGGUUGUCAGGCAAGUGUCUAUGAAAGUCUAUGAAAAUCCAGUGUGUUUGAGAAGGGUCUGUCUGUGUCCUGCAAGACUACUACAAUAUACGCCCACAACAUUGCACACCCACUACAAGUUACGCCCCCUCCAAAUAACCAGCGAAUUCCUGAAGUUCUUGGAACAGUUGGAUGCCACAUUCAUACACUGUGUACACCCUAACCACAAAGAUUUUAAGUUUGUAAAAUUAUUAAUUAUACCUAGAAUUAAGUUAUUUUGAAUACAAACAUUGCGCUAUAUCACAAGGUUGUGACAGUAAUGAGAAAUGUGAUAAAAAUUAAGAGGAGAAGCUUGCAGUAUGCUAAGCUAAUAGGCUAACCGAUUAGUUUGUGAGCUAACUGGAGAAAACAGAACAGAGAUAUGUUUAUUUUACCAUUUAUAUCUUUUAUUGUACAAGCGGUAAAAAGCACUUCCACAAUUUCACAUUAAACAAGUAAAUUCAGUUUACCAUUUAUAUCUUCGGUUUAAUAAUAUGAUAUGUGACAUAUAUAAUUUCAAAGUUAUUCUUUGUCAUAUUUAAACAGUUAAGAAAAUAUGAAUCAUACAGCAAUUGCAUAGGAUUUUAAAAGUUCUUGUAGCCAAUAGAAUCACUUUAUGAUCCAAGGGAGACAUUAUGUGUAGUGAGCGUGUUUAACCAGUCCGACUCGACCUGCUCCAAGCGAGAUUUGAACCGGGCUAAGGCCUCUAGCAUUGGUUGCUAGUGCGCCUCUUGAGGCCAGGGAAGUGAGAUUUACACACUGCACAGCUACCUACCAGCUGGCUACUGUUACACUCACCCCCUAAACCUCACUCCCAUCCGGGUCACGGCACCACUGUAACCGGUCCUGCUUGACCUGCUCUGUGCGGGAUUUAAACUGGCGUCUCUGGCAUGGGAGGUGGGUGCGCUAACAAGGAGGCUAAAGGCUACAGCCUCUAGCGUCAGUCGCUAGUGUGCCUCUUGAGGCCAGGGGAGUGAGGUUUACAAACUGCACAGCUACCUACCAGCUGGCUAACAUUACAUGUGUCAUGAAGUGGGUGUUCCAUGUAGUCUUGCGGGACUCAGACAGAUACACUUGGAGUUUUGAUGGUAUUACAGAAAUUAUCCCAAAAUAUGGUAAAGUGCUGUUGCCGGGACUGUUAAAAUUGUAAGCCUCAAUUCUGAUUUGUAAUUACAUUACUGUGUAAUUCAACAAUUUCUUAAAAGAAAACCAACAUACAAAUAAGAUAAACAUAGCAGAUAAAAAUGCUUUGCAAUGUCACACUUUAUUCCGGCCUAAUUUUUCCAUUUUACCACUUUAUUAGCACAUUUAACAGAAAAUUGCCGUUCACAAAAAUUGCCAAUUGAAUCCAAUGGGAUGUUAUGUAAAGGUUGCCUAUUUUCAAAAUGGCAUUUCUCAUUUCAAACAAAGCACUUGUCUGAGCAAGCAAAAGUAACCAAAGGGGGCGUAGCUUAGCAAAGGAUCAAUUCAGUUUUGGACUGUUCAAUAGAGCACAACAGUUGGGGUCCAGAAGUAAAAAUCCCCAUCUUUUUCUCUUUAGACAAAAUUAUUUUAAUGAUAACUUAUAAUCCUUUAAAGACAGACCUACCGUGAGCUCUGAUGUUGCUAAUCAAUGGUAUACGCUUCCAGAAUCAGGACUGUUGAAAAAGUUAACAGACACUGUUGCACUCUAUUGAAAAAAGGAACACAAGGAAACACAGCAUAUGAGCUCAUAGAUGUUCAGUUGCCUACUAUUGUUCAUUUCGCAUUGGUUAAAGCAGUAUAUUGUGCCAAUGCCUGAUUUUUGUUCUAAAAUUAAAUUGCAAUAUUUCAUGGUUUUGGUAUGUUUACGUAUCAUGCUACUGUUGUGUGCUGUAAUUCUCAGGGAUUGCUACCUUGAUAAUCACCAGUGGUUGACAUUUGAGGUUUGAGGAACCGAUGGGCUAAAACUAUCACAUAGUGUUCCAAGUCUCUUUAGCUACAUUUACAUGUAACGGUUCAAAAGUGGGUCCAAGGCUAAAGCCAUGUCUGCUUUCAAACCUCAUUGGUUUUCCUAGUUCUAGUAAUGCUUAGACCACAUGCAUAACAGGAAAAGGCCUCAUAGGAAUAGUUCACCCAAAAAGGAAAAUUCUAUUAUCAUUUAAUCACCCUCAUAUUGUUCUUAACACAUAUGACUUGCUUUCUUCCCAAAAACACAAAAGGAAAAAAUUGGACAAAUGUUCAUGCUGCUCAUUUCAAUACAUUGAAAGUAUGCAGUGAUCAGGGGCUGUCAAAUUCCACGAAGGACAAAUAUAUAUAUAUAUAUAUAUAUAUAUAUAUAUAUAUAUCUUAAAAGAAGGGCUGGGUAAAAAUAUUAAUUUUCCGAUGCACCACGGUCUUCAUUUGAAUGAUAUUGAUAUCGAAUCUUAAAUCCCAAGAUCAAUCUUUCAAUCUAUGUGGCAACGCUCUAUAAUGCAAGUAAAUCACUCGCAUGUGCGACCAAAUCUCACGCUGUGCAACUAAAAAUGUCAAUGAUAAGCCACUGGCCAGUAAAUGUUAAGAUUUCACUCACCAGUGAUUGAGAAGUAUACUGGAGAAGUUAUUAGCAAAGAGGUCCUUUCACUGUAUGUUGAGAAUAAACAUUUGGUUUAACUCGUUCUGUGCGUCCAAAGACGAGAUCCACGAUCCAUGUCAUUGAAUAAUGUCUCUUUUAAUUCCCUUUCUGUUUUUUACAGUCAGUUGUUGAUUUAAAAAAAAAAAAAAAAAAAAAAGAAACAUUUAAUUCUAAUCACACGUGAAUGUGCUAAAGAAAUUACACAUGUCUUCUCUCGUUAUAUGCGAUUACUGGCUGAUGCCGCUAGUCUUAAAAAGACAGCAUCAAUUAAGCUAGUGUUCUACUGUACAUAUCAAUGUAAAUACUUGUAAAUAGUACAAAUUAUGCAAGUGAACAUUAAAAAUGUAACAAAAAUAUGUUGCAACUGCAACAUAUAUGCAAUUUCAAGACAUUGAUAGAAUAGACUGAAUUUGAACAUUUUUCAAAAGCUAAAAUGUGACCAAUUUGAUGAAAAACUAAUGAUAAAAUAUAAUUUGUAAAAUUAAUAUUUUCAAAUUGUACCUAGAGUUGAAGCGUUGCUUAAAAGUUUCCUUUAUAAUUAAAAGCAUUAGCUGAGAAAGAAUUUCUAUUAUAUUUAAGCAAAAUGGAUAUUUUAACAGAAAUGUACCCAUAUGAAUUGAAAUCAAAUCAAACCGAGAUCGGAAUCUAAUUGAGAGCCUGUCAAUCGGAAUCAAAAUCUGUAUCAAUACCCAGCCCUACUUAAGAGUACCAUACUUGCGUGCUAAAUGUAAAGUCUUGGAAGUCAUAUAAUAGCAUUGUGAGAGGAACAGACUGAUAUUUAAGUUUUUAUUCACUGAUAAUAUUUACCUCGACCACAUUCAAACUUAGCACCAUGUAAGAAUGAUAUUUGGUUGAGAUUGUGCUGCAACCAGUGCAAUUCGAGAUAGUUAUACCUGUGGGAAAGAUUAUCAGUAAAUUACGACUUAAAUUAAUAUGUCAUUUGGACUACUUUCAUGGUACUUUUUUGUCCUUUUUGGACCUUGACAGCUGCAAGUCAAUGUUUUUUUCAAUGCAUGGAAUAAAAAUAAUAUCCUUUUGUGUUCCAAAGCACAAAAGAGUCAUAUGGGUUUGAAAUGACAUGAGGAUGAGUAAAUAAUUUUCAUUCUGGGAUGAACUAUUUCAUCACAGAAACAAAGUUUUGAAGCCGUAUCCCUGUUGUUCAGCUCUGCUUUUGCUUGGUUAAAUAUGGAGCAUACAGAGAGUGAACAAGCACAGGAAAGCACACAGCGUGGGUGUAAAGGGUCAUUCUUUCUCAGGCAGGCCAUUUAACCUGAUCUGCUUCCCAAUGUGAUUUAAUAUCCUGUGAAAAUAUGUGUAGAAGAGAGGGGCUUGAGGUGACGGAUAGCCCUCUACAGAAAUCAUGGAUGUUCUGUUUCCUGAAACCGAGGAGUGAAAUAAAGGUGAUAAAUGUUUGGUGCAGUGUUUACAUUUUUUGAUUGAAGUGACUGCAGCGCCUAGAAGAAGUCUGAGUGAAUGACCUGAAUUCAGACUAGAGGAACACAAGAUAGGGGAAUGUCCUCUGAUUCCUGCUCAUUCAAGUUAUGUUUACAACAGAUACUCAAACGUGCAAACAGUUUGGAUGUACUGUAUAUGUAAAUCAAAUCAAGAUUGUAUUAAGAAUUUUUCAUGGGAUUACUUUACUACAGUUCAGUUAACAGUGUUUGAGUUUUUGAAGGUAUUUCUGCUACUUUUUCUACUCUGUUGUAUAUAGUUUCGUGUACUUUUAACACAUUUUGAUGCACAUGUAUUUUGUAAAAAAUUACAGACAUAAUGGGUAUAUAUAUAUUAUACACCGAUCAGCCACAACAUUAAA